AUGGGGAAGUCAAAGCAAUAUACCGAAGACCUUAGGCAACGCGUUGUUGAUUUACACAAGUACGUUUCCUCUUUAGGAGUCAUAUCAAAGACUCUAAUCAAGCCUUGUGCUUCUGUGCAAACCAUAAUACGGAAGCAUAACACUCUCAGGACAGUGCAGACUCCACCAAGAUCAGGGAGAAGGCGAAAACUCACUCGUACAGCAGAACGCAGACUUGUCCGUACAGUUCAGCUUAACCCACGGAUGACCAAAAAAGAGAUUUGCCAGGAUCUGGAGGCUUCAGGAAGCAAAGUAUCCCCCUCUACCAUCAAGCAGGUCCUCCAUGAUCAUGGACUGAGGUGCUGCAGAGCGAGGAAGAAGCCUCUACUCCAGGACCGACGCCGUAAAGCCAGACUGAAGUAUGCUAAUGAACAACUGGGCUAA